CUUGAAUCAAGUCAAUCUAACUUCUAUUACCUUUGAAGACUGAAACCAGCUUAGAAAGCAGAAGAAUCAACGCUGCCUUAGUUCAUUUAGGACCUGCUGCUUCUCUAUGCGACAGUAGAAUUAGAUCUUAACCAGAGCUAACACUUGGACUACCCUCAUCAACCAAAAAUCAUGAUUCCAUCUUAACCGCUUUAACAUUUCCUGGUUGGCUAAACCACCAUCCCUAAUAGCUAAUCACCAUCUCCUGCCCUAAACUAACCCGACAAGGGUGUCGGUCUGUAAUAAUAACGAUGAGAUUGAUUCACAGAGCUGGUUAAGUAAAGGGAAGUCGUAUUUCAUAAGUUGGUGGAGAGGACUUCAGGAUGUCAGAGUCAAUACAAGUGGCGCGGAAGCAGCUGAAGCAGCAUCAACAGAUGCAGAUGCUGCAGCAGCAUCAGUAUCAACGACAAGAACAACAUCAGCAGCAUCACUUUGAGAGCAGCUGUUACCUGAGCUCCAAGUCGUCUCUUAGCCAGCAGUCGUUCUCAGCUUCCAAGACUUCCAGCCGUCGCCUGAAGACCUCUGUGAAGACAGAGAAAGGGCUGGAGGUGGUUAAACUGAGCCCGCUACCCAAGAGAGCCAAACGCACCUACCUGGCAAUGGACAAGGACAAAGAAGUUAUCGGCUAUGUAAUCCCCGUAUUCAGAGCCAGUCAUGAGGAAGUUCGUGGCCUGAUAGAGGCUCGGGAGGACGAUGUCACAGAGGAGGGGAUUAACUACGUGGCCAUGAGGAACCUGUUUGUUCGGGAAUCGAAGGAGGCCAUGCAGGUUAAAGUGGUGAAGAAAAGCAGAGAAACGCAUGUCAGGGAAUCAGCCGAACGUGUGGAACUGAGCAGGACGAUGGAAGAGUGGUCCGAGUUCAGGAAGAAGAUGAACCCUGACAGCCUGACGCACCGUCCUGAGUUCAUCGUCAAGCCCCGUGGACAGACCGUCUGGGAGGGCAAUACCGUGAAGUUACAUUGCACUGUGGCUGGAUGGCCUAAACCUAGGAUGGCCUGGUACAAAAACAAUGUCCUCAUUGAUGCCAAGGCCCACCCUGAGAAGUUCACAGCCGAAAGCAAUUACAACAUGCACUCCCUGGAGAUCAAGAACUGUGAUUUCUUGGACACCGCAAAAUAUCACGUCUCUGCCCUCAAUGUGAAAGGGGAAUCUUCUUCUGUUGCUCAUCUUGUUGUCAAAAGGUUCCAGGAAGGCGAGGAAGCAGGCCCACUUGAUCCUAAGCCACAUGGUUAUAGUGCUGAGCAUGGUGUUACCUUUGAAACCACCAUCAUUGAUAAAUUUGAAGUGGCCUUUGGCAGUGAGGGUGAGACGAUGAGUCUGGGCUGCACUGUCAUUGUUUAUCCCACUGUGAAGAAAUACCAGCCUGAAGUCGUGUGGUCCAGGAACUCUGUCCCCUUGAAACCCUCUAAAUGGGUACACACUCACUGGUCUGGGGAUCGUGCAACGCUCACACUUGUCCACCUGAACAAGGAGGAUGAGGGCAUGUACACCCUGCGUGUCAACACCAAGUCUGGCUUUAACAGCUACUCUGCUUACGUGUUUGUCAGAGAUGCCGAAGUUGAGGUGGAAGGGGUUCCCGUGGCCCCCCUGGAUGUGCGUUGUCAUGAUGCCAACAAGGACUACGUGGUGGUAACCUGGAAGCAGCCAGCGGUGGAGGGCAGCAGCUCCAUUAUGGGAUACUACAUCGACAGGUGUGAGGUGGGCUCUCACCACUGGGCUCAGUGUAAUGACAAUCCAGUAAAGUACGCCCGCUUCCCCGUCACCGGACUGGUGGAGGGGCAUUCAUACAUCUUCAGGGUGCGGGCCCUGAAUAAGGAAGGAGUCAGCCGUGCGUCCCGUGUCUCCGAGGCCGUUAUUGCGAUGGAUCCCUCUGACAGAGCCCGCCUCAGAGCUGGUCCCUCUGCUCCUUGGACUGGGAUGAUUAAGUUUACAGAGGAGGAUCCCACUGUGGGCGUCAUCCCUGGAGAGCCCUCUGAUGUUGUGGUUACUGAGGCAACCAAGAGCUACGUGGUGCUGGCCUGGAAGCCUCCAGUGCAGAGGGGUCAUGAAGGAGUCAUGUAUUACAUUGAGAAGUGUAUGUCGGGUACAGAUACCUGGCAAAGAGUGAACACUAGUAUGCCCGUCAAGUCUCCCCGCUUUGCCCUGUUUGACCUGGUGGAGGGUAAUUCCUACAACUUCCGCGUGCGCUGCUGCAACUCUGCAGGUGUGGGCGAGCCCUCUGUGGCCACAGGAGAGACCACGGUCGGAGAUAAACUGGACCUUCCCUCUGCUCCAGGCAACCCAGUGGCCAUCAGGAACACCAGUACUUCAGUGGUGGUCAUCUGGGGAGCCUCCAAGGAGGUCACACAGCUGGUCGGCUACUAUAUUGAGUGUAACGUGGUGGGCACUGAUGUCUGGAUGCCUUGCAAUAACAAACCUGUCAAGCAGACUAGGUUUGUGUGCCAUGGCCUGACUACUGGAACAAACUACGUGUUUAAAGUCAAGGCUGUCAACGCUGCUGGAUACAGCCAGUGUUCCCCUAAUUCUGAUGCUGUGGUCGUGCAGGCGGCCGUCUCCGUGCCAGGAAAGCCCACAGGUGUGACCAUGCUGGAGGCUGUGAAGGACUACAUGGUGGUGGGCUGGACCGCGCCUGCUAAUAAUGGAGGGGCCGAUGUCAGGGGAUAUUUUGUGGACUACAGGACUGUGAGGGGAGAAGUCGUCGGGAAAUGGCAUGAAAUGCACCUAAAGGCAUUGACUACUACCUCCUAUAAAGCCGAGAACCUGAAGGAGAACGUUCUCUACCAGUUCCAGGUGCGCGCAAUGAACAUGGCAGGUGUGAGUAAAGCCUCUCUGCCCAAUGCAGCUCUGGAGUGCAAGGAAUGGACCAUUACUGUGCCAGGUGCUCCUGUUGGUCUCCAUGUGCUUGAGGUACGUGACACCUCAGUGGUGCUCCUGUGGGAGCCACCCGCAUUUCACGGUCGCACUCCUGUCAACGGCUACUAUGUGGAUGUUAAGGAGGCCUCUGCUGGAGAGGAGGGCUGGAAGGCUGUUCAUGAGAAGGUCAACAAGUUGAAAUACAUGAAGGUUUCAGGGCUGAAGGCUGGAGCAUCCCUUCUCUUCCGCGUGCGUGCUCAAAAUCUUGCUGGAGUUGGAAAGCCUUCAGCAAACUUAGGUCCAAUCCUGGCCCAGACUCACCCCGGCACCAAAGAGAUCUAUGUGGAUGUUGAUGAUGAUGGUGUAAUCUCUAUGAUCUUUGAGUGCUCUGAGAUGAAAGAGGGAUCUGAGUUUGUGUGGUCCAAGAAUUACCAGGCUAUGACAGACACCUCUCGUUUGACUAUUGUCACUGAAAAAGGAAAAUCCAGAGCUAUCUUCAACAAUCCCUCCCUGGAGGAUCUGGGCACGUUCUCCUGCAUGGUCACCAACACCGAUGGCAUCUCCUCCAGCUACACGCUCACUGAGGAGGGUCUCAAGCGUCUCCUGGAUAUCAGCCAUGAGCACAAAUUCCCUGUUAUUCCCUUCAAGAACGAAAUGGCCAUGGACCUGCUCGAGAAGGGUCGCGUGAGAUUCUGGACUCAGCUGGAGAAAUUUACUUCCGCAUGCCAAGUGGAGUAUGUCUUUAACGAUGUCAUCGUUAGUCAGGGAAAGAAAUACACAAUGAACUUCGAUAAGUCCACUGGGAUCAUUGAAAUGUUUAUGGACUCUCUGGAGGUCACUGAUGAGGGAACAUUUACCUUUAACCUGGUGGAUGGAAAGGCUAAGGGUACAACCAGUCUGGUGCUCAUUGGAGAUGAAUUCAGGGAGCUUCAAAAGAAAUCAGAAUUUGAGAGAGCAGAAUGGGUCAGGAAACAAGGUCCUCACUUUGUGGAGUACCUUGGCUUCACUGUUACUCAAGAAUGUAAUGUGCUGUUGAAAUGCAAGAUAGGAAAUGUCAAACCAGAGACUGAGAUCACCUGGUCCAAGGACAGCAUUGAGAUUGCCGAGGAUGACGAGGAUGCCAAGAAAAUCGAGAGGCAGGACGGCGAGCUGAUCUUUAAUAUCGGAAAGUGGGUUAUUAAGCAAGAGAUACAGGAAGAAAAACAAAAAGGACGAAAAAAGGCUCCUGCAGAUGAAGUUCCUCCACCACCAAGACCCAAAAUCAGCAAACAGGAUGCGGGUAUUUAUGAGGUCUUCCUGAGGGACGACAGAGGAAGAGAUAAGAGCAAAUUCAGUCUGACAGAUGCAGGAUUACAAGCUGUAAUGAAUGAACUCUUCAGGGUUAUUGCCAACUCCUCCUCUGAAAUCCACGUCCGCAGCACUGAACAUGGAAUCAUCCUCUUCUCUGAUGUUACAUAUCACCAUGAGGAUCUGCGUGUUAACUGGCUUAUGAAAGAUUCUAAGAUUGCCGCCUCAGAGAGAGUUAAGGCUGGAGUCACAGGGGAGCAGCUUUGGCUCAAGAUCAACGAGCCCACUGAGAAGGACAAGGGCAAAUACAGCAUGGACAUCUUUGAUGGCAAGGACGGAGUGAAGAGAGUCUUUGAACUUGUCGGCCAGGCAUGGGAAGAGGCAUUUGAGGAAUUCCAAAGACUCAAGGCGGCAGCUAUCGCAGAGAGAAACCGUGCUCGGGUUGUUGGAGGCUUGCCAGAUGUGGUUGCAAUCCAAGAGGGCAAGUCCCUGAACCUGACUGGCAAUGUCUGGGGAGAGCCCACGCCUGAGGUGUGCUGGAUGAAGAACGAAAGGGAGCUGGUGUCAGACGAGCGCUACAAACUGAAGUUCGAGGCCGGCAAGUUUGCCAGCAUCACAAUCGCCGCCGUCACCACAGCUGACUCGGGCAAAUAUGCACUCGUGGUCAAGAACAAGUACGGCAAAGAGGCUGGCGAGUUCACUGUCAGUGUUUACAACCCAGCAGAUGAUGAGAGCAAAGGGGAGACGAAAGGCUAAAGGAUGAUGCUGUGUGAUUCAAUCAAGGAGAUGAAUGACUAGGCUAUUCCAAAGCAUUUUACCCCGGCACAUGCCGGUGCAACAAAGCAGUUUUAAAUAAAGGAUGAAUACAGCUGCUUCUUCCUGCGUCUUUCAUGUGCUGGGCUAAAGAGCUUUGGGUGUUGCUUGUCUGAGAGUUAAUCAUUGUAUGUAAUAAAGGGAGGAUAAUUGUGAGCUUGUAGUGGCUUGAGAUGUCGGGUAAAUACAGUAAUAAAUGUGAUGAAUGCUCA